AUGAGAUUUACCAAUAAAAACAGCAACAACAAGCAUUUUGGAGGAAAGAUUGUUGUGUUAGGUGGAGACUUUAGGCAAAUUUUACCAGUAAUGCCUAAAGGUAGAAGGGAGGAUAUUGUCCACGCCACCAUCAAUGCUUCUUAUCUUUGGGAUCAUUGUCAUGUGCUUACAUUAACAAAAAACAUGAGGCUACAAACUGGAAGAUCAGCUGCAGAGGUUGAUGAGCUAAAAAAAUUUUCAGAGUGGAUAUUAAGCAUAGGAGAUGGAAAUGCAGGUAAGCAGGUAGAAGACGAAACAAUCCUAGACAUCCCUCACGAUCUUUUGAUCCCACAUUCAGGUGAUGCAAUGGCUUCUAUUGUCAACUCUACUUAUCCGUCUUUCCUUCAGGACUACGAAAAUCCAAAGUUUUUCCAAGAUUGUGCUAUUUUAUCUCCUACAAAUGAGAUUGUUGAUAGUUUGAAUGAAUAUAUGAUGUCAUUGUUGCCUAGAGAUGAGAAAACUUAUUUGAGUGCGGAUAACACAUGUUCAUCAGACAUCAAUUAUGACAGUCAAGAUGAUACCCAUACACCGGAGUUUUUAAACACAAUAAACUCUUCAGGCUUGCCUAAUCAUCUGUUAAAGCUAAAAAAAGGAGCUCUGGUGAUGCUUUUAAGAAACAUCGACCAAUCAGCUGGAUUGUGCAAUGGUACACGUCUGAUUAUCACUGAAAUGGGCAAAUAUGUUUUGGAAGGCAAGGUUAUAUCAAAAACAAAUGCCGGAAAAAGGGUGGCUACACCAAGGUUAACCUUAACCCCAUCAGAUAGGAGAAUUCCUUUCAAGUUUCAAAGGAGACAAUUCCCUAUAGCGCUCUCUUUUGCCAUGACAAUAAACAAAAGUCAAGGACAAUCUCUAAAGAGCGUGGGGUUAUAUUUGCCAAAACCGGUGUUUUCACAUGGCCAGUUAUAUGUAGCCUUCUCUAGAGUCACCCAUCGUAAAGGAUUAAAAAUCCUCAUUUGCGAUGGUGACGACAGUAAUUCAAAUAGUACUUCUAAUGUAGUUUACAAAGAAGUGUUUCGCAAUCUAGUGUGA